AUGGCGUUGCCCGAGCGCCCUUCGAUAGGCGCCGCGGCGUUGCCCGAGCGCCCUUUGAUAGGCGCCGCGGCGUUGCCCGAGCGCCCUUCGAUAGGCGCCGCGGCGUUGCCCGAGCGCCCUUCGAUAGGCGCCUUCGUCGUCUUGUGGGAAACGAUCCCAACCUCGUCCUCCCAUCUUGUCCUCGGCCACGACUUCGCCAUGUCCGCCAACGCAGCAACCCACGACUUCAACUCUACCACUGAGGCGACUAACAUGCAAGUCAAUAUUGACGAUUCAGGCUCCUUCGCCGGCAUCCUGGGGCCGGGCGGGCAAGUCGUCGAGUUUGCGUCUGAUGCUGCUGCUACGCAAUUGGCUGAUACCGACUUUUCAUCGUUGGACGUCGGGAACUCGUCCGGUCACAACUCCAACGCGCUUGGUGGCGAAGUCGUCACGCCACAGUUGAACGAGCCCAUGGAACUUUCCGAUAUACCUCUGAACCUCGAGAGCGCCGCUGCUCUGGGCCCCGAUAUGCUUGAUGGCGAAGGCGCUGCGUCGUUUGACGACAAUUCUACAUUGUUUGCCGGUAUCGAGCACCUACCUCUGCCUCUCGACGGUCUUGCCGUUCCGGUCACCGAUGCGCUUGGAGGUACCGACGCUGCGCUGGCGCCUAACGACGGUCCUACGCUUCUCGACGGUAUUAACCAUGCGCCCGCGAACUUCGAGGGAUGGGGCGAUCUCAUGACUAACGCUCUGAACGGCGAAGUCGCAGCGCCGGCGUUCAACGGGAACUUCCCGCUCCUUGAUGGCAUUCACGACGCGCCUUUGAACUUCGAAAGCUGGGACGAUCUCAUCUCGCACGCGCUUGACGGCGUAACCGCUGCGCCGGCUUUCAAUGGGAACUUCCCGCUUCUCGACGGCGUCAAUUUUGGGCCCGUGGGCUUCGAGGGCUGGGGUAGCCUCAGCCCUGACGCUCUCAACGGCGAAGGUGCAGGACCGGCUUUCAACGGCAACCUCUCCCAACUUGAUGAUAUCGAGUCCCAGCCGUUCAACUUUGCAGCUCUCGCCGAUCCCAUCCCGCACGCGCUCGAUGCUCAAGGGAUAACCAACGGCGCUGCUGGUACCGCCGUGCCACAGCAGCAGCCCACCGCUCCCCCCAAUGGCUUCGCUCACCUCGCCCAGCUCCAUUUCGUCAGCGCCGGCCGUCUCGAGGAGCGGCUCCAUACCGUGGUGGCUAACGCGUUCAGCGAGUUCAACACUAUCACCGCUGACUUCAUCAACGCGACCACUAAUCACCCCGAGCAAACACACAGCGCGCUUCUCGCUGCCGCGACUAGGCUUCUGGCAUGCCACGGCGAUGUGGCUGGUGCCAUGAACGCUCACCGGGAGUCCCUGCUUGAUGCGUUGCUUUCCUCCGCCCUCGCACAAGGACCUGUCGCUCACGGUCUCGGCGACGUACCUCAGGGCAACGAGGGGAGUAUUGCCGGAGGCGGAGAAUCCGAAGAUACUGACAGCGCUGCGGUGGGAUCAGGCGCGGUGGAAGGAAUGGAAUAA